AGUGAAUGGCCUGUUUAUAAACAACCUCUGAAAAUGGAUAGAUCAUUUUCAGAGGAUGUUAAGUUAGAGACUAGCCCGACUGUUGGUCAGCACUUCUCCUUCUCCAGGACAAGCAGCACUGGUUCUAUACCAGCAGGAUGUGCAUCAUCUGCUUCGUCAGCACAUAACUCAGAUGAUGAGGACAGUGAUGGUAAUAAACCAACCCUGAGUUACAAGGAUCGUCGUAGAGAGGCCCACACACAUGCUGAACAAAAGCGUAGGGACCAAAUCAAGAAAGGAUAUGAUGAGUUACAGAGCAUUGUUCCCACUUGUCAGCAGGCUGACAGUAUUGGGUCACAGAAACUCAGCAAAGCGACUGUCCUCCAACGAUCCAUCGACUACAUCCAGUUCCUGGCCCAUCAGAAAACCAAACAGGAAGAUGAACUAGACUCCCUCAGGAAAGAGGUUAUGGCACUUAAGAUCAUGAAAGCGAACUAUGAACACAUUGUAAAAACCCACCAAAAUACACCAGUACAUGGCCAGAACCUUGUGUCCGACGAGGUCAAGUUUCAAGUGUUUCAAGGCAUCAUGGACACACUAUUCCAAUCAUUUAAUGCGACCAUCUCUGUUGCCAACUUUGCUGAGUUGUCUGCCUGUGCCUUCAGUUGGCUUGAAGAAUACUGCAAGCCCCAGUCCUUGAGAGAAGUUGUUCUGGGUAUUCUGAGGCAGCUUAACAACCAAAUCAAUCAAUAAAAAAACAUCUUUUUGGACAGUUCAUGCAUUAUAUAUAAUGUGUAAUCCUUAACGUGAUGUAUAAUCAGUAGUGUCUUUGUAACACCUGACAUAAGUCUCUGUGACACCUUACAUUACAAACCAUGGACAGAGGAAACAUUAUUGGUCACUUUACAUCACAAACCAUGUGGUCACUUUCUUUGUCACACUUAAUGUUACAAAUCAUGGUGAGGAAACUGCUUUUUGUUUUGUAUAUAAUGUACUUACAUGUGAAACCUUCAGUGAAGGCAUGAAAACAAAUGACUCUGAUGUAGAACAGGGCCUCCAUAGCUGCAAUGUAAUGUUGUUGGCAUUAACAUGUACUAGCAAGACACUCUGGCAUUGGAAAGAAUUCUUGGAUAAUGACUUCAAAUAAAAUGUACAAUGACUUGCUUACAAAUGCUAAGUACCUACUUCAUCAACCUAUUGAUCAACUCACAAGAUCAGUCUUAUUAAUUACCAUGCCUUGAAAGUUGUGCAAAUAUUUUUUUAAAGGACAUGAUCUGAUUAAUUACUUAAUACAAUUGUUUAAAAAGUUAUAAGAAAUCAUAUCAGUCAAGCUAUCAUUACUUAUGAAGAAAUAUGUGUUUAGAAAGAUUGAUGAAGCACUAACGAAGUUUAAUUCUUUUGUCUAUCAUGUUAGUGAUCUUUUAAAGAGUCAUGAUAAAACAGUUGAUGUAAUUUGAUAAUGAUGCCUGAAAGUUUGAUAUUGUAGCAAUAUUGAUAUGCAUGCUGCCAUAAAUACUUAAAGAGUUUCAAGCAGCAUAAAUAAUGUGGGGAAAAUGCAAACAGAUGUCGGCAGGAAGUUACAUUUCUUUUCAAUUGUUAAUUUUUUCCAUAUCAGUUUGAUCAUGAAAUAUCAUUUCUGACUGAUACAGUGUCAUACCAUUAGAGAAUUGGUGUCAAAACUAGUAUUUUGAUUGGAUAAUAUUCAUGCUUUUUUACAGCUAAUUAUCAAGUUUUGUUUAGUUGAUACUUCUCUUGUUGGUCACAUGAUCUAUAUCAACUAGAAAUGUAUGUUUAACAGUGUACUUUAUCCAGACUUAUUUUUUAUCGCAGUGUAAUUUUCAUUAUAUUCAUGGAUUAAAGAAACCUAAAAAUCAAACAUGAAUGUGAAAUGUGCUCAUUUACAAUUACCAAUUUGGCAUGGCGAGAUAUUGCUCUCAUCUUAUAGAAUUAGAUAUCUUCAUACAUAUAAUACCAUCAUGUCAUAUACUAUAUUCAGUAUUUUCUAUUCUUUUUAUUUUUGCUAACAUUACCAUGCAAGUCUGAAUUUUUUGAAAAAAUGCAGUAAUUUCAUUUUGAGUUUGGAAUUCGUUAAUCUAUCUACUAAAUGGAAACAUAUAUAUCUAUCUUCCAAUAUUUUUAAAACUUGUUGGGGAAAUUGUUCAAGUCAGAUAAAUUUUGUAUGUUAAUUUCCUAUUUUAUUGCUUGUGGUACCAAAUUUCUUGUUUGUAUAAUUAAAGUAGUGGUGUAGUUGA